AGAAGCAGUUUUAGCCUAUCUUCAUACUGUACUGUCUUUGUUGUAGCGGUAGCCUGUGGUCCACUUUCCUAAACCAGGAACAACAGUCGCGCAAGUCAUUGCGAGAUGGCUCAGCAAUUGUUAUUAAAAGUAAUUUGCGAUCAUCAGGGAGCAUUGGACUAUGCACAUCUGGCAGAUGUUGGGGUUGGGGCAGAUAUGUUMUGCGCUCUUGAUAAACUUGUUGAAACCGAUUUAUUUUCUAUAGCGCUGUGCAAUGGAAACAAACGCAUUAUUGCGAAAACGAAAGUUAGACGCUGCAAAGCGCAGCAAUGUGAUGGCUGCAAUGAUUUACACCUGUGUAAAUUUUAUCUAUUUGGGGACUGCAAGAAUAGUAGGGGAAGACGGACAUGCCGCUUUGGCCAUGACCUUCACUCCGAACACAACUCCAUAGUUUUGAGAGAGUAUAAACUUGAGACUCUGAGUAGACAGGAACUCCGGCAGCUAUUAUUACAGAAUGACAACUCUCUCCUUCCACCGGUGUGCAACUCUUAUAACAAAGGCACCGGGCCAUAUGGCAACUGCCCUGAUCAGGAGGGGUGCAGGAGACUUCACAUGUGCGACAGGUACAUCAGAGGAACCUGCUCCUCGGGAGCCAACUGCAACAGGUGUCAUGACUUCUUCGAGCCCCACCCACGGAGGACCCUGCAGCAGAGGGGAGUGCCAAACGAUCUAAUGGCGUCCAUGUUGUCCACCUACCGGAACAUCCAGGCCAUGAAAAGUGAAGGUGCCGGCGGUUCUUCUUCCAUCAACAGGCCCCAGAGCUGUCCUCCGAGAAAUACAGUGAGGAAUGAGAUCUGCCUGUUCUUUGUCAAGGGGGACUGCAAACAAGGAGAGAAAUGCUGGAGAGUCCACUUCAAAAUGCCCUACAAGUGGGAAGUGAACAAUGGACAGACUUGGUCAGCUCUGCCAGAAAAUGAAGUGAUCGAGAGAGACUUCUGUGACCCUUCUAAGAUACACAGUGAGGGAUCUGAGCGUGUGCAGUUCAACUCCAUGAGCCGCGGAUUAUGGGAAGUUCGCCGUCUCUCCACAGUUUCCUCUGUGACCCAGCCCACAUACGUACUCACCACAGAGUGGGCAUGGUUCUGGGAGGACGAGUACGGCAAAUGGGUCCAGUACGCAUCCGUCAAAGAGAUGCACAGAUUGUCRUCCAUCACCAGUGAAGACCUUGAGAAAAGGUACCAGGAGGAUCAAAGUGCUGUGGUGAAGUUCGUUGCAGGCCAGCAGUCUUAUGAGCUGAGUUUCAGAGACAUGACACAAAAAAACAAAACAUAUGGUACUGUAAGGAUGGUCAGACGACGUCCUGUCUUUGUUUCAACUGUGGACGCACAAGCUGCAAGAAGCAGGAGAAAUGGACCACGCAAUUUCAGAGCUGUUCCUGGAUCUUGGGACAAGUCUGCGAUACCUGACAUUGGAUACAAGACAGUCACUCUUCUGAGUUCUGACAGGGACUAUCAGAAGGUCCAGGAACUUUUCAACAAGACCAUGAGGUGCGUCCAAAUCACCAGCAUCGAGAGGGUCCAAAACAGGGACCUCUGGGAAGUCUUCCAGUGGAAAAGAGAUUUAAUGAAGAAAAACAAYGGAGGUCAAAACAGCAAGGAGCUACAUCUCUUCCACGGAACGGACCCAAAACAUGUAGACUCCAUUUGCAGAGAUAACUUUGACUGGAGACUGUGUGGAACCAACGGAACUGUGUACGGCGAAGGGAGUUACUUUGCCAGGGAUGCCAAGUACUCACACAGCUACACCAGCCACUCAGGAGUGAGGUCCAUGUUUGCUUGUCAGGUGCUUGUUGGCGACUACACACAGGGGAACUCGGGGCUCCGUCGCCCCCCUCCAAAAGGCGAAGGAAGCCCGACUCUCUAUGACAGCUGUGUGGACAAUGUCCUGAACCCAUCCAUAUAUGUGGUGUUUGAAAGGCACCAGGUUUACCCAGAGUUCCUCAUCAAAUACAAUGAUAGCGUCAUGAACUGGCCCACUUCGGCUCCAGCUCCACCCAAAACUGUCUCUAUCCAAUCCACUUCCUUAACCCCAACAUCCAACCGGAUUCAAGCCACAGCUGCUGUCACCCCAUCGAAGAGAGUUCCAUCCACUUUGAAUCCAUCUAAAACUGCAGCCACCACUUCCUCAAAUCCAACCCAUCCUCGUCCCACUUCACGUUUUGUCCAUCAGUCUCUCCCAAAACCUGCCCAAGCCCCAUUGAUAUUCAUUCAAUCUCCAGUCCUCAUGAAGCCAACCACAAGUUCUCAAUUAGUGGAUAUCACCCUAGGCCCAGAUUUCACUCCCUCAUUUGCAAACCUCUCUCACACACUCACUACCCCAGCCAGUAACCUCUCUCGUACGCUCACUACCCCAGCCAGUACACCCUCUCGUACGCUCACUACCCCAACCAGUACACCCUCUCGUACGCUCACUAGCCCAGCCAGUACACCCCUCUCGUACGCUCACUAGCCCAGCCAGUAACACCCUCUCGUACGCUCACUACCCCAGCCAGUACACCCUCUCGUACGCUCACUGCCCAGCCAGUACACCCUCUCGAACGCUCACUACCCCAGCAAGUACACCCUCUCGUACGCUCACUACCCCAGCCAGUACACCCUCUCGUACCUCACUAGCCCAGCCAGUACACCCUCUCGUACGCUCACUACCCCAGCCAGUACACCCUCUCGUACGCUCACUAGCCCAGCCAGUACACCCUCUCGUACGCUCACUACCCAGCCAGUACACCCUCUCGAACGCUCAC